AUGAUCCCAAAUGUAAAGGAAACAGUUACUUUAUUUGGAUUGGAUACAAAUAGUUGUGAUGAAUAUCGUUUAAUAGUCAUAUCAGCUAAACUGAUAUUUUUAAAAAUAAAUGACUUAUUUUCACCUACAACAUUGUUUAUUUACUUAACUAUAUUUUGUUUAUGUCAAACAAUUUAUCCAGUUCAUUCAUUAAAUACAUUAAGAAGUUAUCCAACUGUAGAUGAUGUUACUAAUACAGGUGAUAUAUGGUCAUUAAAUAAUCAAAAUAAAAAGAAAACUAUGGAUCGAAUUCGUGAAUUCAAUCGAUACUUGAAUAGUAUUUUUCUUCGUCAACAGUUUUAUCCCGAAGAAAAUGAAGAACCAUAUGAAAGUCGUAAAUUCUCUGUUCUGUCCAAUCAAAAUAAACGAGAUUAUUUAUUUUUACGUGGCUAA